AUUAGUUGCCGCGACUCGAUCACAACAAUCGUGACGCUCCACUGCUGACCGCCUCCUUUACUGCCCUAGUACCACAUUUACAGACUCGCCGUGGUAUAUGCUCCUCGAUGUCCUGCACAUGACCGCCAAAUAACCUCUGCCUUGCCCGGCGUUCACUCCUUACGCCGCACCAACAUAAUCUUGGAAACUAAACAUUAAUAAGCCAUACAUCAUGGCGUCAGGCGGCGGCAAUAUCAAGGUGGUGGUGAGGUGUAGGCCCUUCAAUGGUCGAGAGAAACAACGCAAUGCCCAGUGCAUUGUCGAGAUGAAAGGCGACCAGACCAUUCUCCGACCUCCUUCAAACCUCCAAGGAAAGGCUGCCAAAGUUGCUGCCGAAGGUGUAAAGGCUUUUGCCUUCGAUCGUUCCUACUGGUCCUUCGACCGCGAUGCGCCCAACUAUGCCGGACAAGAUAACCUGCACGAGGAUCUGGGGAAACCGUUGCUGGACAACGCCUUCCAGGGUUACAAUAACUGUAUCUUCGCGUAUGGCCAGACGGGCUCAGGAAAAUCAUACUCGAUGAUGGGAUAUGGGCAGGAGUAUGGAAUCAUCCCUAAGAUCUGUCAAGACAUGUUCGAGAGGAUUGGGGAGAUGCAAAAAGACAAGAACUUAAGUUGUACAGUGGAGGUGUCAUAUCUGGAGAUCUACAACGAACGCGUUCGCGAUCUUUUAAAUCCUUCGAAUAAGGGUAACCUCAGGGUCCGAGAGCACCCUUCGACCGGUCCAUACGUUGAAGACUUGGCGAAGCUGGUGGUACAAUCGUUCCCAGAUAUCGAAAACUUGAUGGAUGAAGGAAACAAGGCCCGUACCGUUGCAGCGACGAACAUGAACGAGACCUCCUCCCGAUCGCACGCCGUCUUCACCGUAACCCUCACACAAAACCGCCAUGAUGUACAGGCUGGCAUGAGCGGUGAAAGAGUUGCGAAGAUCAGUCUGGUCGAUUUGGCUGGUUCAGAACGAGCGCAGUCUACUGGUGCGACAGGAGCUCGACUGAAGGAAGGUGCAGAGAUCAACAGAUCUCUUUCGACCCUGGGACGUGUCAUUGCGGCGCUAGCAGAUCAGUCGACGGGAAAGAAGAAGACGCAGGUACCAUAUCGAGAUUCCGUUCUGACAUGGCUGCUGAAAGAUUCGCUUGGAGGAAACAGUAUGACUGCCAUGGUCGCAGCUAUUUCACCAGCCGAUAUCAACUUCGACGAAACCCUUUCCACACUCCGAUACGCCGACUCUGCGAAACGAAUCAAAAAUCAUGCUGUUGUCAACGAAGAUCCGAAUGCGCGCAUGAUCCGAGAACUCAAUGAGGAACUGGCAAAACUUCGCUCCCAACUCAGUGGAGGCGGCGGGGGCGGCAGUGGUGGUAUGGUCGCAGAACAGUAUCCCGCGGGCACACCACUAGAGGAGCAGAUCGUCACAAUUACCGAGGUGGACGGCACCGAGAAGAAGGUGUCCAAAGCCGAGAUUGUAGAGAAACUGAAUCAGUCUGAGAAGCUGUACAAGGAUCUGAAUCAGACGUGGGAGGAGAAGCUUCAAAAGACGGAGGAGAUUCACAAGGAGCGUGAGACCGCCUUGGAAGAGCUUGGUAUCAGCAUCGAGAAGGGCUUUGUUGGGUUGUCCACGCCGAAGAACAUGCCCCAUCUGGUGAACUUGAGUGACGAUGCGCUUAUGAACGAGUGUCUCAUUUACAAUCUUAAGCCUGGCACCACGGCUGUGGGCAAUUCCGAUGACAAGGAUCAGACUGCGACGAUUCGCUUGAACGGAUCGCAAAUACUUGCACAUCAUUGCGAUCUCGAGAACGCGGAUGGCACUGUCACUGUAGUUCCACAGGAAGGGGCGAGCAUCAUGGUGAACGGUCUGCGUAUCGACAAGCCGACGCAACUCAAAAGUGGCCACCGCAUCAUUCUCGGCGACUUCCACAUUUUCCGAUUCAACAAUCCAGGAGAAGUAAGAGCAGAGCGUGCCGAGAUAGGAAAGAGCCUGCUGAGACAUACGGUACAUGCCAGUCAACUGAACACGCCCUCGCCAGCACCACGGCCUGGACAUGACAGGACGCAGAGCACCAUCAGUAUUGCAAAUUCCGAGUUCGACCCGGACAGUCCGCGAGCAUCUUCGCCCGCUUUCUGGCAGCGUGGGAAAGAGUCCGAAUUCUCGUUCGCGCGCAGGGAAGCACUUGCUGCAUGGCUAGGGCCGGAAAAGCGUCUCGAAAAUUUGCCAGAUGACGAAUUCGAUGCUAUCAUUGACGACCUGCAAAGACAGCGGGAUAACCGUAAGGCUGGUAAUACAAGUCGUUUGUUCGAGCAGGAAGAAGACAUGGAGUCGACAUCUUCUUAUCCCAUACGUGAGAAGUAUGCUUCCAAUGGAACCAUCGACAACUUCUCGCUCGAUACGAUGCUGACUUCGCCUUCCACGCCUCAAUACGAAGACAGCGAGAAAAUGAGAGAAUUGAAAAGUGACAUGCAGGACAAGCUAGACAAGCAGAAGGAGGACUUCCAAGCCAAGCUAAAAGCUGAUGAAGAAGCUAAAGUUGAGCUGGAAACGCUGCGCGCCGCCAAAGAUGAGAUGGAAGCCAAGCUGAGGAAACAGAAAGAGGCGUUCGAGCGCCAACUGAGAAAGCUGGGUGUUGAGCCAGAGCCAGAGGCUGAACCCUCGUCUACGAAGGAAGGCUUGAAUGAGCAACAGCUCGCUCGCGCCAGAACAGCAUUCCAACACUGGCGAAAGCGGAAGUACGUCAUGAUGGCUGAGACAAUCUUGCAGAACGCUUCCAUCCUAAAGGAAGCGCAAGUCAUGAGCCAGCAGAUGGACAAGAGCGUCGUCUUUCAGUUCUGCAUCGUUGAUGUCGGUCAAACUGUCCCAUCAACCUAUGACCUCAUCAAUCUUGCUGAUACAGGGGAGGAGGACGACGAUGAUCUGGACGACACACCGAAGCCAUGUGUUGGUGUUCGCGUGAUCGACUUCAAGCAUGAGGUGAUACAUCUGUGGUCACUUCAGAAAUUGCGUCAACGCGUACGGCGAAUGCAUCAAAUGCACCAGUACAUGAACCGACCUGAGUACAUGCAGCACUUCAACCCAGAGAGCCCUUUCUCGGAUCCUUGCAUGCCCGAGUUUUCUCGUGUUGGCGAUGUUGAUGUACCACUUGCUGCGGUGUUCGAAUCGAGAGUACGAGACAUGAAACUCGACGUCACCUCACCGUAUACCGCCAACCCAAUUGGAAUCAUUCAUCUGUCUGUGGAGCCCUCUUCCGCAGAAGCUCCGACCACGACUCUCAACUUCAGCGUCACACUUCACGAGCUUGUAGGUUUUCCCGAAAGGGAAGGCACAGACGUUCAUGCUUUGCUGUAUCUGCCAACCCUCUUGAAAGAAGGGGGCGCGACGAGUACCAUGUUCAUGAACAAGUUUGAUGAGGGGCCUAUCCGUUUCCAGACCUUCCACAGCAUGAGCAUACCAUAUCCGAGCCCACCAGACACCUUUCUGCGAGUCGCAAUUUUCGCCCGAGUAACCUCGAUGCAUCUUGACAAACUCCUCAGUUGGGACGACAUGCGAGAUCAGGCUCCUCAGCGGAAGCAGAAGCGCCGUACCGCACGGAUAGCGGAGUCGGAGUUCUACACUGAAGAUAAUCACGACAUCUUUUCACGCAUUCAAAUCCAAGAAAUCACAGAUGAUGGAACCUACAAGCCUGUUGAAGUCACGCAAAGCAGUGUUCUUGAUGCUGGUGUUUAUCAGCUACAUCAAGGUCUAGCAAGACGCGUUGUAGUGAACCUGACACAUACUUGCGGCGACACCUUGCAGUGGCAAAACGUCACAUCAAUGCGCAUGGGCCGUAUUCGUCUGAUCGAUGCAUCUGGCAACGCCCCCGGGAUAGACUCUCCUGUGCGCGAAGUGCCUAUCGAUCUGACCGCACCGCCUAUUGUCAGAGACAACGCUGAUGGAACCACAAACGUAAAAUUUAUCGGACGAUGGGAUAGUACAGCUCACGGAUCGCUUCUUCUUGACCGUGCUACUCAGGACAAGUACCGCGUACAAGCCAACCUGCUCUUCAACGUCACAUCCGCGAAGCUUGAUGAGCCGAUGAUAUUCUCCCUGGAUCUCAACAUGCAGAUUCGCAACCGUGCCUACAUUCGUCAGAACUCCCUUUUCUCCCUCUCGAAUCUUUGGAAUCAAGUCAAGGUCGUUCACUCCACCGUCGGCAUCUUCAACGUCGCUAUCCGUCCAACUUCGGUCAAGCGCGCCACCGACCUCUGGCGCAUGAACACACGCGAGGACUACGUCAAGGGCGAGGAGGACCUCGCCGACUGGACACCGCGUGGUGUCUCGCUCGUGAAAGACUACAUUGGAGUCGAACGCCGCCGUCGGCGCAUCGCAGAAAUCGAGCUCGCACGUACUGUGCUUUCGCCGAAGAUGCUUACCGUCACGGCAUCAGAGACCCCCACAACAGACCUAGAUGACCGGCAAAAGGCCCUCUUAACCCGCAUAAUCGACGUGUGGACAUCAAACAAACCCCCCGAAUCCAUCAUCCUCUCCAGCACCAAUCUCGAGCCCCCCUCCGCCGGUGCCGCUUUCGCCCCGCGCUCGCCCUCGCGCGGCAGCUCCCCUGCUCCCAAACCCAGCCUCACCGCCUCGGUCCGCUUCGUGUCCAAAAACCCCAACCUGCUCAAGGCCAGCUUCCUCCUCACCCCAGACCCCACCAACACGCGCUGGAUCCGCCGCUACGUCGAGUUCCGCAAGCCGUAUCUGCACAUAUACAGCGUCGACGGGGAUGAGCUCAACGCCGUGAAUCUCAAGAACGCGCGCGUCAAUCACAGUCCGGAGAUUGCGCGGCUCAUGGGCGGUGGCGGCGGCGGCGGCAGUGGUCAGCGCGGCCAUGUCCGCAAUGUGAGUGAGGGCGUCACGCCGCAGCAGAAAGACACCAUUUUCGCCGUGUUUGCGAAGACGAACACGUAUAUUUUCCGCGCGAAGAGCGAAAGGGAGAAGAUUGAGUGGAUUCUGAGGAUCGAUCAGGGGUAUUUUAGCAGUGAGGGCGAGGACUCCGGGUGAACUUGGAUUGACGUGCAACAGACCCACGAUGGAGUGGCGAGAGAGAGCAGAUUUGGAUCGUGAUUUGUUGGUACAUGCGUGAGGCGUUUAGCGUUGGUUAUGUUGUGGCAUUUACGUGUAUUGCUUGGGAUACCCAGAGCGCUGGCAACGCGCACGAGCGAAUCAAGACCUCAAGAUCAAUUAUGACUACUUAUGCAUUUGUUUGGGGUCCGUGUCUGUAUCGUUGCUUACAACAUACAUCUGACUAUAUGCAGUGCUCGUGAUGU